AACUUUUGUUUUUCUUUCAGAUGAAUGUUUGCAGACUACGUUUAACAGUACCACCUGAUGAAGUCUCACAGCCUGAACAGGGAGCAAAAGAACCUGACAGAAAGAAACAUGAGCUCUACCAUGUACCAAAUGGCAUGUCUCCGGGGAAGCUCUCUCAUGGAAUGGUGUAUGGCGUCGUGCACCGGACUGACAACAACCAUAAGAGAGAAAUGGUGGUUUAUGGCUGGUCGGCUGAUCAGCUGAAAGAGGAGAUGAAUUACAUUAAAGAAGUGAGAGCAACUCUGGAAAAAGUAAGAAAGAAAAUGUAUGGGGAGUAUGAUGAAAUGAAACGAAAAAUACAGCAGCUUACGAAUGAACUGAAAGUGACAAAUGCUCAUCAGGAAUCCUUAGAGAAUCAUGUGCGAGUGCAGGCUGCAGCCUUAGAUAGCUUUAGUGAAAUGAACAGCUCCUUGACAUCAGCAUCAAUAGACUUGCAGAAAACUCUGGUGGAUGUUACUUUGGAGAACACUGAUAUAAGGGAACAAAUAAGGAAUUUAAAACACACACAUGAACAAUCUAUGGAAAAGCUGAGAGAGAAGCAAAAACAACUGGAAACAGCACAAAUUGAAAAUCAGUUACUGAAAUUAAAGGUGGAAUCAUCACAAGAAGCCAAUGCUGAAGUCAUGAGAGAGAUGACGAGAAAACUGUAUAGUCAAUACGAGGAAAAAAUGAGAGAAGAGGAGCAGAAACAUAAAGCUGAGAAGGAAAUCCUCCUAGAGGAAACCAACAGGCUUCUGAAGGCUAUUGAGGAGUCAAAUAAGAAGAUGCAAAUUACAGAAACAAGUAUACAGGAGAAAGACCAGAGAAUUGGUGAGCUGGAUCGGUUGAUUGAACGCAUGGAAGAGGAACGUCACCAGCUGCAAAAACAACUGGAACUAAAUGAAAUGCAACUAUCUGGAGCAAAAUCUGAAAGCAACUCUGACAGUGAGAGGUCACAGCAUUUGGAGGAGGUAGCAGCUAGCCUAAGAGAGAGAAUAAAGCAUCUGGAUGAUAUGGUCCACUGCCAACAGAAGAAAGUUAAGCACAUGGUUGAGGAGGUGAUGGCCCAUGAGCUGUUCUCCAGCUUUAGUCUCAGAUUCGUUGGAUAAUAAAAGGUGACCAAACACCAGAGGGAAGCUGUAUCCUGUUCUGUUGCAGAAGAUACUUGCAUGAAAGGACAAAGUACUAAUGAGCGAAUGAUGUUUUAUGUUGCACAAAUGGGAAUAAAGAAGAAAUUUUCCCACUAAAGACUUAAUAACCAGCUGAAAACUUCUCUAUCAAGAACUGCAGACAAACUGAAAAAUAGCCAAUUUUAAUAUGGAAGUACGGUUUUAAUUUUAGGUCAAGUAAAGAAAGCCACACAGAAGGAUGAGAAGAUGGAAUUAUCAGCCACAGACGGAAGCCAGAUUAUUAUUAACCAAAAUCUGCUUUAUAUAGUACAUAUAUUAAAACCAAAACAACAAAGAGAAAAAGAAACAACAAAAAAAAAGACACAAGAACAAAUGCAGAAAGAAAGCCACCUUAGGAGCCUGGAAGAAGAAGAUAUAUGGCAGAACAUAAAUAAUACCCCCCUCCCUGCCCUGCUUUCUUCAUGAGUUUGGCACAUCUCAGUGGACUUUAGCAAUGCAAUACAUAGCUUGUCCAAUGGCAAAAGAAGCAGCACAACUGUGUUUUGGUGGGAGUGUUUAUAUCUGCAUACCACCAGUGCUUUCAGUUAGGAACUGCCUGGCCAAAUCAUAAAUUAGGAUACUUACGCACUACUGAAGUAGUUCCUAAAUAGUUGGGUUGAAGUGUUAGACACGGUGUGGGUGUUUAUAGUCCAUUAGAACAUGUUGGCCCUGUGGGCCUACUUCAGCAGUAGAUGCACAUUAAAGACUGCUAUGAUGUUUUCAUACAGCUGACUAGUUUAGACGAAGCAAUAUUUCGGAUCAAUCAGUUGUUACUUCUUCAUAUAAAAUAGGAAAUUACAAGAAGCAUUGAGGAUACAGCAUAACUAAGGAGGAUUUUUUCUUAAAAGAUGGUCAUUCCUGUUUGCUGUAUCACAUUGCCUGAACAAAAUUUAAACACUAGACUCUGAUAAAUACCAGUUAAGUUCCAGCGAAAUUCUGGAAUCUUGAGUAAAAUCUUGCUUUCCUUGUACAGCAACUGUCUCUGAGAGUUCAGGCUGAUGUUUCAAUGUCUUAUCUAUCUUGUUUUAUAUAAUGUAAUAUGUCCUGUUUGUCCUGUGUUUAGUUAUAUUUAUGACCAGUGUGUUAAUGUCUAUGUAUCAGUGUUACAAGGAAAAUACACUAUACUUGAAUAAUAUCUAACACUUAACUAUAAUAGCACUGUCAUAUUCUGAGAAAUAUUUGAAAUUGAUUGGCAGUAUAAAGUGGUAAGUGUUGAAUUUACCUAACAGCUGGAUCUGUUCUAAUUCAAUAAUUCACUGCAUAUUUCAAGCCUCCAGUACUGUGACUAAGUAUGCAAAAUAAAAUCAGGUUUGCUAUUUCAGACUUUAUCAAUGUUCUGUGAUUGAACACUUGAAUUCUCUCUUUCAGUACUUUAUCUCUUAGUUGCUUUGUAAUUCUCUUGAUUUCCUUUCUAAUAACACUGCUUACUUCUCCAGAAUUUCCUUUUAAGUCUCAUUAAUCUCUUCUUGACUGUUCUUAGUUGUUCUACCCAUGAAAUCAAUUUAAUGCUGUUGGCUUGUACAUCUAGCUUUCCAUCUUUACUGAAGCAAAGUUGAUUGAUGGAGCAAGAGAAAUUCAGAAGUGCUGUUCAUCCCAGAAAGUAUUUACACCGCCCUUUCAAGUAGCAUGACAAAUUCAUCUGGUAUUUGAGGAGAUAUACUGACAAAUCUGUAGGAUUCUAUAGUGAGAAAUAAUUAUAUCUUCAUUGAUAGGGUGGACAAGAAUUGAAUUUCUGGGAGGUGCAAGAAAAGGUUACUGUCUGGAAUCUGGGGGAGUUUGAGCAAUGUGACCUCGAGGUUUUAGAAGGAGAAUAUACAGAGGUUGUAACAGCAGUAGGACUAUGAUAAAGAGUGGGGGGAGCUUGGAGAAAAAGUGCUAUGGCUAUAUUAUUUCCCAGCUAUUAGAUAAAUUCAGCAACAUUCACAUUGCUCAUGGGGUCUUAAUGUUCUGAUUCACCUCACUGUAAGUUGCACUGGAUAUGUGCAAUGUGAGCUGUACACCUAACACAGUCUGCAUGGAUUUUUAUGGAUCUGGCCAUAACUGAGAGAGAUCAGGUGCCCUUCUUUCCUGUGCGAAGUGUGGGGGAAUUGAAGUGAGGUUGGCAAAGGUAUUGCUGAAAAGCACAUGGUGCCACUCAGUCCUCGGAAGACCAGGUAAGUUACAAUACUGUCAUCUGGGCCUUGUUGCUGUUCCCUUCCCAAUAUCUGGAAUAGUCAGCAGUCACCCAACAUGAAAAGGAAAGGCAAGAGCAAUAAAUACAGUUCAGUAGGUUUGCUAAGAGAGAAUUAAGUGAAAGAUCAAAGGUUGAUGGUGUGUCCCAGGAUUGCUAAAUUUAUAAUUAUACUGUUAGGACAAUUGUCUCCAAAGGAAUGGUUGAGUCAUUGAUACAAAUUAUGUUGUUAAAGAAAUUUUGUUUAAUUGCUUACUGUGAAUGUGGAGAAAUACUGGUGGAGAAUUGGAGGGAAAUGAAUGGCUAGUGAAUCUUGCAGUGCAAGGCAGGGAAGAACAGUGCUAGGGAAGAGUCUGAGCAGUAGACAAGAUUGGAAGGAGAGACGCUGAAGGAUAUACUUCUGUAGUGCUUGUAGAAAACGAUGGCGAAAUCUGAGAGGGUAGUUUUGUAAAAUCCAGAUUUGGGAGCAAGUUGCUGAAUUGGCAGGGAGCUGAAAUGCUAAAGUCUGCAGACACAGCAAGGAUGAGGUGGGUUAUAGGCUUUGGGUAUUUCUCAUAGAAAACAUAGGAAGAUCUUGGUGAUAUUUUUGGACUGGAGUCAGUCCAGCAAUGAGUCAGUCCAAGGAAGUUCAGAGUCUUUGACUUGUACUAAUUUGUUUCUAAUGCUAGACUGCCCUGGCCACCAGUUGGGCCCUUAGUUCAGUAUUGUGUUUGAACUAUCCUGCUUCUCCUUUCCUUGUCCUUACCUUAUGUUCAACGAAAAGUCAAAAUCUAUUGCUUUCUCAGCUGUUAGUUUUUCUCUCACUCCUUGGAUCAAAGACCCUCUCAAGACUUGGUUUUGUGCAAUAUACAUUCAUGGUGCUGUAAGCAUUAUUAUCUUAAGUUUAGUUUGCUAUAACUAACAUCUUUUUAAUGGAAAAAAAACAAACAACAAAACAAAAUGCUAUGAGGUAUUAAGUCAUUAAUAUUAUUUUUGAAGAACUUUUACCCAAUAUCAUCAUUUUGAGCCACUGUUCUUCUUACAUUCCUCUCUUGAAGGAAACUAUUGCUCUUUUACUUUAUGCAAUGUGCCUUAUUUAAAUUAACUGAAUAUAGACUUUAUUAAAUACAGUAAUAUAUUAAUAUAAACCUCCAGACUUAUUCCUGCUUUUCUGUAAGUGAAUGUCCACCUUGAAGUGUAAUCUAAUCUGGCUUGUUCACUCUUGGUCAUCCGUAUGCUAAUGGCAGGACACAAUGUGUGCUCAUAUUUUUAUUCAGUAAAUAAACUUUUAUAGUAAACUACUCUGGUGGGAUGUGUCAUCCAUGUCAAGUCUGUGGGUAGGCUUAAUGGUGCUUCAAAAAUUUGUUGGGAGUUGUCUUAGCCCUUGUUCAGCAGUAGUGCUGAGACAACUAGUGCUGGGGGCUGCAGUGUGCCUGUGUGUAAAAGGGGUGCCCUGCAGUGUUUUUGCCUGCAUUCCUUCUGCAGUGGCCUCACAGAUUCCCUCUGCUGCAUCUGGGGAGGAGGCUGAAGUACUGUUGUUUUCCUGGCCCUGAAAGAGCCCCUUCAAUUUUAACAACUGCUGAAUUUAUUUCUACGAAAUAUGUUUGAUUUGUACAGCUGUCUUGGACUGAUUUCACAAUGUUGUAAAGCUCCACCAAAAGGUUUUAUAUAAGCUACUUAAUUUACAGCUUUAUCAUAUCUGUAAUCUGCAUAGUCUUAUCACUCCGUUCUGUUUUACUGCUAGAAUAUGUUUGUUUGUGUGUGAUAAUGUAGCAUAACAUUGGCUCUUCUUCAUAUGUUAGAAAGAGAAGGCAUAUUUUAAAAUUCUUUAGAAGGCCAAAAUAUGUUGAUGUAGUGGGUUCUGACUGAUGUUAAAUGAAUACAUCAAAAGGAGGCAGGGAGUCUGUUGCCCAUUCUGCCAGUCCUCAGGAUUUUCACCAAAAAAAGAGUAAAAGCAGUAGCAUACCUGCAAAAUAAUAACAUGUCUUUUUGGAGUUGGGGUUUGUGUUUGGGAAGAGGAGGAAGCAAUUUAUCAGUCUUCCUCUAAAAACAAAAUGGGGUGUAUUACAUUCAAAAGGAAGAAUUGGACAAAGCCCUCCUCUGAUCCCAUAGCUGCACUUGGCUUCAGUUAACUUUCCAUUGUAUUGAUUACUGCUGUUAAAAUUAUUUACUUCUGUGCAGAGUAGAAUAAAAUAUUAAUAGAGAAGAUCCACUUAAAAAUUCUAAAAGAACCAUUUAUCUUUUUUCAAGUGGAAUUUACUGAUAGGACUGAAGCUGUUCAUCAAGUGACUUAAUUUAGUCAUAGUAUUAAACAAUUGUAAUUAAUUAUGAAGAUCAGAAUGAGAUACCAUUGCGCCACUCUGAAAUUCUGAAUAUGCUAGAAGCUUUGGAUUUCUGUGAUCAGAAGACUGAAAUAGUAAUACCUUUAGAUGACAUAGGUGAUUUUUGCAUGCACUUUAAAGAAAAGAAAUGGAAUAUCUGAUUUUGGGAAAGAUAGAAAGAUGGAUGAUGACAGCACUCGUAUAUUCUGUAACUUCAGCUGAAAGCACAUACUUCAUCAUAUUUACAUUUUACCUUUUUCCAGUAAUAACUGAUAACUGUGUCAAUGAUAACUGGGAAUUAGAGAGACUGAAGUAAAGUUGAUUCGGUGAUUUUAUAACUUUGGAUUAAUAUAUGCAUCUGUUUUGCUUCUUUGCUUCUUGUUGCACUGUAUAGAUUUUGGGGAGGAAGGGUGAGAGUACUAUUCCGAGUAGUACUGAGAGUUUUAAUUAAUGUACUUUUGAGUGUUUUAUAACUUUUUUUAGCAGGAUGAGAAUAUUUCUACUAAUCAUUGUUUCUAGAUGCACUGAAAAGUUUUACAGUGGUGGGUUUUGGAAGGUCUUUUUUAAUGUGCUUUCACAAAAUGUAAAAAAAGUUAGUGAUUGGUGAGAGUACAUAGAAAAUCUGGCCUAGCAUUUGGAAGUGGUCAAACUGUCUUGUAUAUCAAUGUAACAUUGUAACUGCCAGGUAAGAAAAAAAAAACAAAAAACU